AUGGCCUUGUGGCUUGUCACCUUUUCCCAGCAGGUGCUCAUCUUCAUGGUUACUCAGUGGUUUGCUGCGGCACCUCCUCUCACCUGCGGCCGGGCAGACAUUGAUGACCUUGAGCUGACACUGGCCAAGGUUGAGAAGGAGAAACAUGCCACAGAGAUCAAGGUGAAAAAUCUUACAGAAGAGAUGGCAGGCCUGGAUGAAACCAUUGCAAAACUGUCCAAGGAGAAGAAGGCUCUCCAAGAGGCCCACCAGCAGACCCUGGAUGACCUGCAGGCAGAGGAGGACAAAGUCAACACCCUGACCAAAGCGAAAACCAAGCUGGAACAGCAAGUGGGUGAUCUUGAAAAGUCUCUGGAACAAGAAAAGAAGCUUCGAAUGUAUCUAGAAAGAGCAAAGAGGAAACUGGAUGGUGACCUGAAACUGGCCCAGGAAUCCACAAUGGGUAUAGAAAAUGACAAACAGCAACUUGAUGAAAAGCUUAAAAAGUAG